AUGUCGCAAAAUAUAAAUAGCGAGGUUUUUGUUUCUCUGUUAGAAGCAUUAUCUUCCACGGACAGCGCCGCAAGGUCGGACGCAGAUGCAAAGAUAAAUACACUAAAGAAGCACGAUUUAAACGGGAUUCUGAGGCUAACACUAAACGUAAUGUUGACGGAGCCGAACGAUGAGAGAAGAUUACAAUCGAUAGUGCUGGUGAGAAUUCUGCUAGACCUGAGCAAGUCAGGAGAUACGCCCAAAAAGACGUGGAACUCAGUGACGACGGAAGUGAAAGCACUCCUUAAGUCGUCGCUACUAAAGUCACUGGAGUCGGAAACUCAGAAAUCAAUAAGAAGAAACGUGUGCGACACAAUAGCGGACCUGUGUGCAUCGAGCUUGGAGUACAACGAGUGGCCGGAGCUGCUGACAAUUACAAUCCGCCUGGUCGAAAACAAUAACCCAGUGUACAAAAAGUCGGGACUGAAGCUGCUGGGAGAAUGCUUCAACUACUUCGUGGAUGAACUGGCGAACCACGUGGACAUAGUAGCACAGCUCAUCAAGUCGAGUCUGAUGAACGCAGACGCAUCAGUGAGAACAGAAGCACUGUGCUCAAUAUCAAUAGCAAUAGAGUCGGAUCUAAUUAAUCUGACGUCAAAACUGGCAGAUACAGUGCCGCUGAUACUGGAGAGCCUGAGGCAGCUGCUCUCGUCACCGGACCCGACCUCUAGAGACGAGCUGGAAAGAUCACUGGCAGGAAUCAUCAUGAUAGUGGACAACAACGCCAAAAUACUGAAGCAGCACAUACAGCUAUUCUUCGCAAGGAUGAUGGAGCUGGCGCUGGGAGAAGGACCUGCACAAAACCUGGACCAGGAGCUGAGGUGCAUGGCACUGGAGGCGCUGGUGACGCUGCCGGAAAAAAAGCCGAAAAUGGCACUCUCGAUUCCGAACUUCGGAAUCAGAAUGGUCAACUGCCUCAUGACGUGCAUGCUCGAUGUGCAGGACGAAGCGUACUCGGAGUGGCUGGAGAAGGGAGAGGAAAUGGAAGACGAACAGCGCCUCUACGACGCAGGAGAGGAGGGCCUGGACCGCCUGGGAAGAGCACUGCAAAACCUGGACAACUGCCCGCUGAUGGACUGGGUGCUGUCUACUGCCUCGCAGUACAUACAGACGCCGCACUGGCAGCACAAGUUCGUGGGAAUCAUGGCGAUCUCACAGACGGUAGAGUUCCUGACGGACGAGGAAGUGGAGGACAGAAUGCCCUCCAUCGUCAAAAUCAUGCUGGAGAAGCUGAUGGACCCGGACUUCAGGAUCAGGUUCGCAGUGUGUCAGACAAUAGGGCAGAUCGCACUGGACCACCAGCCCUACGUGCAGCUCAACUUCUACGAGGAGGUGCUCCCGAGCCUGAUCACGGCAUUCGACGACGCCUCGCCGCGAGUGCAGUCGCACGCGCUCUCAGCAUUCGUCAACUUCGCGGAGGAGGUGCAGAAGGAGCACCUGCUGCCCUUCGCAGACGUGGUCGUGCAGCGCAUCCUGCUGAAAAUUAACAUGCACACGAACCGCCAAGUGCGAGAGCAGGCAGUGACCUCGAUAGCAGUGAUAGCAGGGGUGCUCGAGGAGCACUUCAUCAAGUACUACAACACCAUAAUCCCGCUCAUGAAGGAGAUCAUAGCGAACUGCGUGAAGCCUGAGGAGAGGACGUGCAGAGGGAAAGCGAUAGAGUGCAUAUCGAUCAUAGGAAUGAGCAUAGGUAAAGAUGUGUUUUUGAACGAUGGAAUUGAGUGUAUGAACGCACUGAUUCAGAUUAUGGAUCAGCCGACGGAUCCAGAUGAUCCAGUGAAGGAUUACGUGGGAGAAGCAUUGGGACGCUUCUGUACGGCACUCGGAGUAAACUUCGUGCCGUUCCUGCCAAAAAUAGUGCCAACGCUGCUGAGAGAGUUGACGAACUGCGCAAAGUCAGUGAACGAAGACGAGGAUAUGACACUGGCAAUGGGACUGGAAGGAGCAGGAGGGCUGAAGACGUCAAUGGUGGAUGAUCUGGAGAUGACGCUGAACCUGAUAUCGAACAUAGUGGAGGAGCUGAAGGACCUGUACGAAGAAUACAUACCGUCGACAGCACAAGCAGUGUUGCCGCUGCUGACGUACGUGCUGACGUCAGAUAUGAAGCAGAGAGCACUCUCAGCAAUGGCGAACAUGAUCGAAGCGAAAAAAAUGGCGUUGGACAAGAGAGGAGGAGGAAGAGAAAUGCUGCUCGACCUGGUGCUCAACACAAUGAACACAGUGCUGACAGACCUGGAAAAGUCGAGGAAAUUGGACUCAAUGGGAACAAUACCAGUGGAUAUACUGUCAGCAGAAGCAGGCGGGCUGUACAAGUGCCUGGACUGCGCAGGACCAGGAAUACUAAACACAAAUGUGCUGACAGUGCUGUCGAAGAAGCUGCUGGAGAUCAUGGAAACGUCGUCAAAAAUAAAAGCAGUCUACAGAAAGUGCAGAGAAGACAAAGGACUGGACCAGGACGAAGUGCUGGCACUGGAGGAAGACGAGGAGGAGGAGCAGACGUUUAGAUCCUCACUGCUGGACCUGUUCGCAGUGAUCAUGAAGCACCACCCGGAGGAGUUCAUGGUGAGCUGCCAGGGAAUGUGUUUGGCGUUCGCAACAGCAAACCUGGAAAAAAACGUGGAGGACGACGUGGCGCUGGCACUGUACCUGUGCGACGACAUGGUGGAGUACCUGGGUCAGAGAGUGGUCUCAUUCUGGGAAAAGUUCCUCCCGCACAUACUGAAGCACGUGGAAAGCAGAGACGCAAACCUGAGGCAGUCGGCGUGCUACGGAGUGAGCCAGCUGGCAAAAAUCCCAGAGUUCUCGUACCUGGCAAACGAGGCGGCGACGAAACUGGCGUCGGCAAUGAGGAUGAAGUUCCCAGCCUCGGCGAAAAACCAGCAGACGGCGAACGACAACGCAGUGGCGGCGCUGGGAGACCUGAUCAAGUACCAGGGCGCGAACCUGGUGGACGCGAGCAACUACCUGAACCUGUGGCUGAAGAGCCUGCCGCUGAAGCAGGACGAGACGGAGGGCAGGAGAGUCCACAAGGAGCUGAUGGAGCUGGUGAUAAGCAAAAAUCCAACAAUACUGGGACCUGAUAACGCGAACCUGGCACAGCUGGCGAAAAUAUUCAUCUCGAUAUACGAAACGGACCUGUCCUCAGAAGAACUGAACAAGCAGAUCAUACAACUGAUGAAACACCUGGGACAGGAGUUCCUGAAGCAGCUGGCGCCCUCGCUGUCCAAAAGACUACAAAUGCAGUUGAAAAUUAUCGCAAAGUUACUGUAA